AUGAGCACGGAUACUUGCGUGUAUUGUCAGUUGGACGAUCCCACAAAGGAACUGUGGGUGCAGUGUGAUCUCUGCCCACAGUGGGUUCACGUAAUCUGCGUACCUUUAGAAUGCGUCCACUACGAUAGAAGCGAAACACCACUACCGAAAGUGCUUGAAUAUCCAAAGACUUCGAAGGACAUUAGAAGGUUUCAAUGCGGUGAUCAUGGUACUCAAGGCGAGCUAUUCAUCAAACCAGUUCAGGCGAAGAGGAAGAGAAAUGAUAGCGUAACUCAAUCAACUGAUCCGGCGAAAAGGCGGCAUGGCUUAAGAAGUAAACAACAGAUCGAUUACAUUGCCCUUAAUGAAGGUGAUAAUAUUAGAUUGAAGCACAAACACUUACACACAGAUGCAUUCCUUCGAAGUUUCGAGAAGUGUAAGAAUAAUUCGAAUGUUAUCAGCUCACAAGAUUUCUACGAUAAUUUCCAAUCUCUGCACAAACCUUUAAAAGUUCUGGACCCCAGUAACUCCGGAAUGAGAAUACCAUCGCCCGAGAAGGGCCAUGUGCUAACCAUAGACGAGAUCACAGGCAUAAUAGGUGAUGACUACCCUGUGGAUGUGAUGGAUAUUCAAACACAGCAAAACGAAAGAUGGACUAUGUCACGGUGGAAUCAAUACAUUUCCCAGACUAAACCCGAAGAUAGAGACCGGGUACGAAAUGUCAUAUCGCUGGAAGUAUCUCACGUAAAAGGGUUAAAAAUCGAGAGGCCUGUAGCUGUGGAGGAAAAUGAUCUAGUGAACAUAAUUUGGGAAUCAUUUGGAGACGGCGACGACAAGCCAAAAGUUACCAGGUACGUUUUGAUGUCUGCGGGCAAUUCUUACACAGAUUUCCACUUGGAUUUUGCCGGUACUUCAGUUUAUUAUAAUUUGAUCUCCGGAAAUAAGAAGUUCCUGUUGUUUCCACCGACCGAGUCCAAUCUUAAGAUCUACUCUGAUUGGUGCUGUGACAUGGAACAAAAUGUCGUCUUCCUAGGUGAUCUGCUAAGUGAUGGAGUAGCUAUGGAACUGGAAGCAGGUGAUCUCUUCAUGAUUCCUUCAGGAUUCAUUCACGCUGUAUACACUCCAAUAGAUUCUCUCAUAAUAGGUGGUAAUUUCCUUACAGUACGAGAUAUUGAAACCCAAUUGCAAGUUGUCAAGCUGGAGCGCAUGACCAAAGUACCCAAACGUUUCACUUUCCCCAAUUUUGAUCUCGUUAUGGGCAAAUGCUGUGAAUGGGCACUCUCCCAGAAGCAACCAUCAGCCAUUUCUUCCACAGCUAUCGAAGCCCUCAUCAGAUAUAUGGAAGACCCUACAACCAAGUAUAAACCGAUCAACUAUCCAUCAAAACGAGCGCUAAUUAAGCAGCUGAAGCAGCUCCACCUACUGACACCAAACCACACAUUAUCAGAGGCUACUAAACUAGAAUAUCCUAAAGACUAG